AUGAAAAAGCGCAAGACCGCCCCUACCGCCGUUUCCGCUCCUACAUCAAAACGAGUGCGGUCGGAGAGCAGUGAGCUAGAAGAGGAAGAAUGGACUGGGUUUGGAGCGAGUUUGGCCGGCGGAGGGAGUUCUGGAGAGGGCAGCGAUGAAGAUGAGGAUCUUAUCGGAGAUGAUGGCUAUACCGCCUGUGGGAGCGUCGCGCAGCCCGAAGUUGUUGUAUUCUCCGAGUCGCAGGACGCUGCAGCCCCUAGACCCACAAAAUCGCAAACGAAAGCAUUCAUGUCUUCCAAAGUGUCCAAGCUACGCACAGCUGCCGACCUCGAAUAUCCUCCUAUUACACAAAACAGAGAAGAUGAAGACGACGAACGCACAAAUGCGCAAAACGACGCAGCGCUGCACAAACUCGUGCACACCCAACUGCUCUCCGGCUCCUUAGACCGUUCCCUCAAUCUUACAUCCUCGCAGCGGAAAAAGGCUCUGCAGGGCAGAGUGCUCGAACUCGCUGGUGCUGCAAAGUUGGGAAAAGGGGAAAAGGCCGUCCGCAAGAAAGAGCAUGCGCGCGCGUCCAAGGCCGUGCGAGAUGGUAUGGAGGAUAGACGCAUCGAGCGCAAAGGCAAGGCGUUGGCCGAGACCAAGGAUAUGGGUAAUUGGCAUCCCAGUAUCAAGAAAUUACUCGCAGACGAGGACGAAUCAUCUCAUUCUCGGAAACGUGAGAAGGGACUGCGCAUGGGUGUUGUCUCUCGAACUGGAUGCCUCAUGCAUAAUGCAUAA